CUCUUACAUAUAAUUUCAGUGGAAAGGUAGCCUUAAUCACAGGCUCAAGCUCAGGUAUCGGUGCAGCGGUAGCUGUAUUAAUGGCCAGAUAUGGAGCCACCGGUGUUGUGGUCACAGGUCUGGACGGGGAUGAUGUGAGAAAAGUGGCAAAAGAUUGCAUUAAUGUAUCACCAAAUGGUAUGAAACCACUGGAAAUGAUUACAGACUUUCGCCGGGAGGCAGACAUCCGACAACUGGUUGACACCACAAUCGAUACGUUCGGACGGAUAGAUAUUUUGGUGAACAGCGCCGGUAUGGCUGCGGAUGCUUUCAUAACAGACACGGAUUAUGUAGCAAAACAACGGCUCCUUUUUGAUGUAAACCUCAAUUCUGUGGUCCUUUUGACUCAUUAUUGUGUCAAACAUUUGGAGAAAACUAAUGGAAAUAUUGUUAACAUAUCGAGUACUGGAGGCUUACAACCGGCAAAACUCGUAUCAUCGUAUAGCAUGUCAAAAGCAGCUCUAAAUAUAUUCACUCAAUGUAUGGCACUUGAAUUGGGAGGGAAAGGUAUUCGUGUUAACGCAGUCAUUCCGAGUUUAGUGGACACAAACAUAGCCCGGGCGGGAACGGUAGAUGUUCAGCGUUGGUUUCGGUCCAACUUAGAAAGGGCUGCCAUGGAGUUGCCAGUGGGCCGGUACGGUCAGCCCAUAGACAUCGCAAAUGCCAUUAUUUAUCUCGCCAGUGACCAUGCUACUUUCGUAACAGGCUCUAUUAUGUUAGUAGAUGGGGGACAUAUAGCUGGCAGAAUUAAAAAACAGUUG